UCGCGGCAGCACCGGUUUAGCUGUCGGUAUUCAAGUGCAAAGAAGAAGAGGAGGCGCCAUCGGACCCGGAAGGACAAAUCAGUGGCUGGGUAGAAGGACGGGUACGUGUUGUACCUUGCUGGAGGGAAAGAUGCUGACCAAUAUUUCCACCGUACUAAGGGCCUGCGCUCAGAGAAAUGGAGCUGCAGCGGUUGUGUCGGCACGAAACUAUGCUGACUUCACCUCCCAGGCUACCUUUGAAAUAAAGAAAAGUGACGUCUUCAAGCUGGACGAGGCCCCCGCCACUGAGGUGGUUAUGACCCGGGAUGAGGGGCUGCAGUACUACCGCACCAUGCAGACUAUGAGGCGGAUGGAGCUGAAGGCAGAUCAGCUUUACAAGCAGAAGAUCAUUAGAGGGUUCUGUCACUUGUAUGAUGGCCAGGAAGCUUGUGCUGUAGGGAUCGAAGCAUCGAUUAAGCCAACAGACCACCUGAUCACAGCGUACCGUGCACACGGCUACACUUUAACAAGGGGGGGGACUGUCAAGGAGAUCAUGGCUGAACUCACUGGCAGAAGAGGUGGUAUUGCAAAGGGCAAGGGAGGCUCUAUGCAUAUGUAUUGUAAAAAUUUCUAUGGUGGAAAUGGGAUCGUCGGGGCUCAGGUUCCUCUGGGUGCUGGCGUGGCACUAGCCUGCAAAUAUAAGGGAUCUGACGAGCUGUGUGUCUGUUUGUAUGGUGAUGGCGCUGCCAACCAGGGUCAGAUUUUUGAAACCUACAACAUGGCGGCUCUUUGGAAGUUGCCUGUUAUCUUCAUCUGUGAGAACAACAGGUACGGCAUGGGAACGUCAGUGGAGCGAGCUGCAGCCAGCACCGACUACUUCAAGAGGGGAGAAUUUAUUCCUGGUCUCAGGGUUGAUGGGAUGGACAUUCUGUGUGUUCGUGAAGCAACCAGAUUUGCAGCUGAGCACUGCCGGUCUGGGAAGGGUCCAAUUCUCAUGGAACUACAGACAUACCGUUACCAUGGACACAGUAUGAGUGACCCUGGUGUCAGCUACCGGACGCGUGAAGAGAUCCAGGAGGUUCGCAGUAAGAGCGACCCUAUCUCCCUGCUGAAGGAUCGCCUUCUCAGCAACAACAUGGCAAGCGUGGAGGAGCUCAAGGAGAUCGAUGUGGACGUGAGAAAGGAAAUCGAAGAUGCAGCUCAGUUUGCCACUACAGAUCCUGAACCCCCUCUGGAGGAGCUGUGCAACCACAUCUUUUCCAACAAUCCACCGGUUGAGGUGCGCGGCACCAACCCGUGGGCCAAACUGAAGUCUGUAAGCUAAUGUUCAAAUUGCCUCAGUUCAGCUGUAAAAAAUGACUUCUUAGACAGCUAUGUGAUCACUUCACAUAAUGUACCGUAACUGAGUGCAUCACACCCAGAGCUUUAACCGUUAUAUUACUGUCACAUUUAAAGAUGAGGGUCAUAAAUUGCAAAUAUGUUCUUAAACUGACAUUAAAGGGUUCAACUUUCAGUAUUUUCAUCCCCCCACACACACUCCACUCGUCAUUUAAAAUCUGCUACAGACAUCAGGACUUAAUCUAUUACUUUAACUUACUGGUGGUAAGUUUUAUGCCCUUUUCUUAGCAGCUCAGUUUCGUUACUUGUAGUGCUCCAUUUCUGAUAUGAAAUUAAAACAAAUGAAAUGACACAGAAACAGAGGAUAGGUCAUCUCAUACAUUUUAUUGACACUGUUGCCACAUUCUCAAUAAAAUAAAUUUAUUUAUAUUUUUGAUUAAUAUUGUGACUGUUGAGCUGUAUAUGCUGUUUAAAUUGCCAGUCCUGAUGAAUUAUUGGAAGUUCCCAUCUAUCAAUUUAACACUUCAAAGAAGUACCUAUGACGCUGAACUUAGGCCUCCUAAAUUUAAAUAUUUUUUUUUAGCGUUAAGCACUUGGAUUUUGGUUUUCCCCAUUAAAUGAUGGAUAUUGUUUUCCAUAUUUACCAUCUUGAUGUUACGCUCUGGUGAUUUUUUUAAGGUGCAAUUUAAUAAAAAUCCCCAUGUUGAAACACCUA